AUGCAGGACUAUGGUCCUCAGGUGUCCUGUUCACUGCACCUGCUGCUGCUUUCAACAUCCCUUGUUGCAGUACAGAGUUUCCCAUACCCUCAGUCUGGCAGAAACCCCUAUUCUAGGGAAUCUGCUAGUUUCCAGAGUAAUGAAGAACGGAAGUCGAGGGAUAUUGCGGAUUAUGAUGAUGAUGUUCUGCAGUAUUGUGAUGGUGACUUUGAUAUUUACUUCAUCUUUGACAAGUCCAGUGCCGUGACAAUGUGGUCUGAUCUGUACAUAGCCUGGGAAGACAUGGUGAAGAAAUAUAUAAAUCCAAACCAGCGGAUGUCCUUCAUUCUCUUUGAUGACAAUGCCACAGUCCUAAUGCCACUCACUUCCAACAGGCAAAUUACCAAAUCCAAGCGGCCAACUCAGGAGUAUGGGGCCCGCUGCCCAUCCAACAUGCCGCUCUUUGCUUCUUUGUCAGGCAAGACAAGAUCUAGUUUGAUCAUUGUUGUGGUUUGGGGGAUACUGUCACCAAAUGAAAUAAUAGAGUCUACAAAAGAGGCUGAUAAAGCUCGGAGCAUGGGGGCAUAUGUUUAUUGUGUUGGCAUGAACUUCUACGACAAAAGUAAGUUGAGUGAAAUUGCAGAUGAAGAAGAGAAUAUAUUCAUUGUGGAAGGCCCAUCUUCAGAUUUACAUGGGUUAGUAGAUUUGAUUGGAAUGAUGACCUGCCUUGAACUCAGAUAUGUUGAGCCUUCCCCUCUGUGCAUAAACGAAACUCACCCAUUGGUCUUAAGGGGAUAUGGUUUUCACAAUGCAAAGGAUCUCACUGAAGUUACUUGCAGAUUCAAGUUCAGUAAUACGAAUAUCAUCAGGAAAAACCCAACUGAUUUGAACUCCACUGUCAUUAUUUGUCCUAGACCAAAAAUACAGCAAUCUGGACAAACCAUCUUAGUUGAUGUUAGCCUGAACAACGAGAGAGACUUUCUUGCCCACACCAUCCCAGUGAAUACGUCUGACUGUGUUCCUCCACCCCCUUCCACCACCUCCACCACCACCACCACCACCACCACCACCACACCACCACCACCUCCACCACCUCCACCACCACCACCACCACCACCACCACCACCACCACCACCACCUCCACCACCACCUCCACCACCACCUCCACCACCACCUCCACCACCACCUCUACCACCACCUCCACCACCACUUGUUCCCCCACUGAAAGAGCCAAGCCAAGAAGUUUUGGUCAGCAACAUGGUGCUGAGCCUGAUGAUGAUCCCUGUGUUGCUGUGGUGGGUCUGGUGGCUGAGCUGUAGAAAACCCAGAGAGGAAGAAACUCCUCCUGUGUCUCCCCCACCACCUGCACCACCGGUGGACACCUCCCCCAUUGUGGUCAUCUGCUCUUGCGGCUGCUGCCAUGAUGUUCGUGUGAGCGAAUGCCCAGAGGAGCAGUGCCCCAACCUCAACCUCCCAAGCUUCCUCUCUUCUGAAGUUUCCUCCUCGCCCCCAGGCCCUGACUGCCAUGAAUUAGACUUGCAGCCCUGGCUGGAAGAGAAGAGCAUUGCUCAGGAGCUGUAG